AUGGCAUCAUCUUUACAAACCACUGAUAAAUUAAUAAAGCAAUGUGAACAAUUAUCUCAAUUGGUCUCAAACUUUAACAAAAAAAUUGAAGAAACCAUUGCAACAGCAUCCGAUGAUAUGAAUCACCUUCUCGCAUCAAUUAAACAAAAUAUUCAAGACACAACGAGCACCGUAGUAACUGAUUUAAACGAAUGGGAGCAGUUGAAGAGGAAUUUAUCUAAAACACAACUUAAGGGUAAAGUACAGCUCGAUGUUGGUGGACGUUAUUUCUCAACCACAGUAGACACUUUNAAACUUUAA